CAUAUCUAAGCAGUACAAAUUUAGUGUGUCAUGCACUUUCUGAUUCAAAACUUCGACGGCUAAAUUGAAUGUGACGCAAGACCUGAGAUGUGAGGCAGCAAUUUCCACAAAAAAGACAAAAUCAGCAUGACUACUACAAAACCAAACCAUGCAAAGCAGACCAUACUCAGUACUGACCUGACCAGAAUGAAGUACACCCCAGCCCAAGACAUCCUUGUCAAGUCACCGUCUAACUUUAACAAAUGCUGGCUGAACAGCUUGCUUCUUCUGCCUGGGGAUCGGCUGCUACUAGCUGACUCUAACAACGAUAAAGUGAAACUUGUAGACCUCAGCACCAGCACACUAGUGGCUGAAGUCAGUGUUAUAACUGGGCCAUGGGGUAUGUGUCUUCUCCCUGGGGACAGGGUGGCUGUUUGUUUGACUGGCAGUAUUCAGUUCCUGGAGACACGUGGACAAUUAUCCCUAGGAGAGAGCAUCGGAGUGAACGGUAAUUGUUAUGGUGUUGUCUACGACAACAAUUUCUUAAUAGUUUCAUUCCAGAGUGGGGUAUUGCAGAAGAUGGAUAUGGAAGGGAAUGUGUUGAAAGUAACAAACGACAGCGCGUUCAAGACACCUUUCUACCUUACAAUAGUCAGUGAAGGUCCGACAAAGGCCAUUUAUGUUUCAGACGAACACACGAACACAAUCACCAAACUGGACAUGAAUCUAAACAUUCUCCAGACAUUUCAGGACCAUGCACUGAAAGGACCAAGAGACAUCACUGCUGUGGGAAACCAGUUGCUUAUCUGCGGAUGGAAUAGUCACAACAUAAUGUGCCUGGACCUGCCGAGUGGUGAGAUGACCCAGCUACUUGGCGCGAACGAAGGGAUAGCGUCGCCAAGAAAUGCCUGCUACAGUCAGCAGCAGAACAAGAUGUACGUUUGCGACCACACAUAUGGGCAUGCAAAGAAUUAUGUCAAGGUGUAUUCCUUGAAUUAGCAAUCUUGGUCAAAUUAACCAUUUGGGCUAAAUUUCUACCACAAAGCAGACUUUUUUUGUCUUCGUUUGUUUAUGUAUCCGGUGAUUGUUGUGAAGAACAUAAUUUCACCUGUUUAUAUUUCAUAGGUUAAGACAUCGAGAAAUAAAUAUUUAUGUUCAUGUAAAUAUGAUAAUAGAACAUCUUAUAACGUUUAAUUAAAAGCUCUAUUGUACACAACAAAAUAUGACAAAAUCUUGCUUUGAUUUGCAUAAAAGCGUUAG